CUGGGGUGUCACCAAAACAAUUUCUCAUAGUUUAUUUGUGAUUUAAUUCAAUUAAUAAAGGAAAACAUAUUUUCUGCAUCACUUAUUACAAGAAAUACUAUCAAAAUGAACGUUAUACAAGCAGUCAAGAUGUAUAUAACGAAGAUGACAGAGGAAAGUGGGCCAGGAAUGAAAGUUAUUCUCAUGGAUAAAGAAACUACAAGUAUAGUGAGCAUGGUGUUCAGCCAGUCCGAGAUCCUUCAAAAGGAGGUGUAUCUGUUUGAGAGGAUUGACAGCCACUCCAAGUGGGACAACCUCAAGCACAUGAAGUGUAUUGCCUUCCUGCGGCCUACAUCAGAAAACAUAGCACUUCUGUCUAGAGAGCUGCGGUACCCAAAGUAUGGGGUGUAUUUUAUAUAUUUUAGCAAUGUGAUCUCAAAGGCAGACAUCAAGACUUUAGCAGAGUGUGACGAACAGGAAGCGGUGAGAGAAGUGCAAGAAGUAUUUGCUGACUACCUUGCAGUUGACCGCCAUCUGUUCUCGUUCAAUAUUGUUGGAUGCUUGCAUGGUCGGUCCUGGAACCAGACGCACCUGCAGCGCUGCGCUGCAGGCCUCCUCUCGGUCCUCCUGUCCCUGAAGCGUCGCUGCGCGGUCCGCUACGAGGCGGGCUCGGAGCCGUGCGCGCGCCUCGCGGAGCGCGUGCGCGACCUGCUGCGGCGCGAGGCCGCGCUCGUGGACCACCACGUGCCGGCCCACGGCGACCUGCCCACGCCGCAGCUGCUUAUUAUUGACCGGAGGGAUGAUCCUGUCACACCACUAUUGAGUCAGUGGACGUACCAAGCGAUGGUGCACGAACUCCUGACACUGCACAACCACCGCGUGAGCCUCGCACACUUGCCGGACGUGCACAAGGACUUCAAGGAGGUGGUGCUGUCCGCCGAGCAGGACGAGUUUUACGCCAAGAACCUGUACUCAAACUUCGGCGAGAUCGGGCAGACGAUGAAGUCUCUAAUGGAAGAGUUCCAAAAGAAAGCCAAGAGUCACGAGAAGGUGGAGAGCAUCGCAGACAUGAAGAGCUUUGUGGAGGCUUACCCGCUCUUCAAGAAAAUGUCGGGCACAGUGAGUAAGCACGUGACGGUGGUGGGCGAGCUGUCGGCGCUGGUGGCGGCGCGCGCGCUGCUCGCCGUCUCCGAGCUGGAGCAGGAGCUGGCCUGCCAGAGCGACCACGCCAAACAUCUGCAGCGCCUUAAGGCCCUGCUGGCCAACGAGUCAGUCCGCCACCACGACGCAGCCAAGCUCGUAGCUCUAUACGCCCUCCGCUACGAGAAGCACGCCUCCAACGCCCUCGGGGCCCUCGUCGAAGCCCUGAAGGCGCGGGGCUGCCCCGAGACACUUGUUAAAAACGUACUGCUGGUGUUGGAGCACGGCGGCGCGCAUGCGAGGCAGAGCGACCUGUUUGGGUUGCAAGAUGCUGUCAAAAUCACUAAGAGGCUGUUUAAGGGCCUCAGCGGCGUCGAAAACAUCUACACCCAACACACACCACUCCUCAAAGACACCCUCGAGGACCUCAUAAAGGGCAAACUUCGUGAAAACCUCUACCCGACCCUCGGCGGGGACGAAUCCUACGGCCGUCGACCCCAAGACGUCAUAGUUUUCAUCGUAGGGGGCGCUACUUACGAGGAAUCUUUGUGCGUUCAUCAAAUCAACCAAGCGUACCCCGGAGUUAGAGUAGUGCUUGGUGGGACGACUAUUCAUAAUUCGACGUCUUAUUUCGAAGAGGUGAAGUCUGCGAUGCAGGGGGUGCAUAGGAUACAUACGAGGCAUAUUAGGAAUGUUUAACCCUAUAACGCUUUAGCUCAUAAACAAAGACGUCACUCACACGCCAAGGGCGUAAGCGAGCUAAUGUGAAGGUUACUUUGACAGCUUAGUACAGUCGCCAUCAGAUAUAUCAGAGCGGCCGAGGUGCUCAAAAAUAUCUGAACACGCACUCUAACGCCUUGACAAUAGAGGCGUGUUCAGAUAUUUGUGAGCACCUUGGCCGCUCCGAUAUUACUGAUGGCGACUGUACCACACGUAUAGUUGUCCGUGGCGCUGUGGGCACGACUAGAUACGACCUUUAGAUGUUUUUGGCGUUUAAAAGGUUAAAGAGUAAUCGAAUGCUUGCCAGGCUGGGAUGAGUGUGUCUCCGUAUUUCAAAAUUGUUCAAGUCCAUGGAUAUGUAUAAAAUUUAAUCUGUAGCACGAAUAAAAGAACUGUUGAACUACCAAAUCUUGACUUAGAUAAUUAUGCCAUGCGUUGACAUUUUUCUUAUUGCCGCCUCAAAAAUGAAGUGUGACAUGCAAACGAAGCAUAAUUUUAUUAAUGUUAUUCCUAGUAGUUACCAUUAACUUACUGGUAAAACUAGUAAACUAUCAUUACCGAAAUCAGAUACAUCGGGAUGUGAUGGUAACUGCUGUUAAUAACAUUUCAUCCAAGACUAGUAUUUUUAAGCUUUACCAUAUAAGCAAUUUAUUUAUUCCCCUAAGGCCAGGGGCCCGUUUAUCAAAAGCUU